AUGGAUGGGCUAGAUGUCGAGCUUCCUUCGGAUUUUGGAGAUGAAGGUUUUGCGGAAGAGGGAGUUGAUGGAGGCUGCGGUGUAGACGGCGAGGUUUUCGUUGGUUUUGGUGAUGUAGGUGUUGUCGAUUUCUUCGAAGGUGGAGUAGUUGAGGUGGAUGCAUUCGGGCGCGAGCUUCCUUUGGAUUUUGGAGAUGAAGGUUUUGCGGAAGAGGGAGUUGAUGGAGGCUGCGGUGUAGACGGCGAGGUUUUCGUUGGUUUUGGUGAUGUAGGUGUUGUCGAUUUCUUCGAAGGUGGAGUAGUUGAGGUGGAUGCAUUCGGGCGCGAGCUUCCUUUGGACUUUGUUGAAGUAGAUUUCUGCGACGAUGAUGAAGGUUUUGCGGAAGAGGGAGUUGAUGGAGGCUGCGGUGUAGACGGCGAGGUUUUCGUUGGUUUUGAUGAUGUAGGUGUUGUCGAUUUCUUCGAAGGUGGAGUAGUUGAGGUGGAUGCAUUCGGACGCGAGCUUCCUUUGGAUUUUGGAGAUGAAGGUUUUGCGGAAGAGGGAGUUGAUGGAGACUGCGGUGUAGACGGCGAGGUUUUCGUUGGUUUUGGUGAUGUAGGUGUUGUCGAUUUCUUCGAAGGUGGAGUAGUUGAGGUGGAUGCAUUCGGGCGCGAGCUUCCUUUGGAUUUUGGAGAUGAAGGUUUUGCGGAAGAGGGAGUUGAUGGAGGCUGCGGUGUAGACGGCGAGGUUUUCGUUGGUUUUGGUGAUGUAGGUGUUGUCGAUUUCUUCGAAGAUGAAGGUUUUGCGGAAGAGGGAGUUGAUGGAGGCUGCGGUGUAGACGGCGAGGUUUUCGUUGGUUUUGGUGAUGUAGGUGUUGUCGAUUUCUUCGAAGGUGGAGUAGUUGAGGUGGAUGCAUUCGGGCGCGAGCUUCCUUUGGAUUUUGGAGAUGAAGGUUUUGCGGAAGAGGGAGUUGAUGGAGGCUGCGGUGUAGACGGCGAGGUUUUCGUUGGUUUUGGUGAUGUAGGUGUUGUCGAUUUCUUCGAAGGUGGAGUAGUUGAGGUGGAUGCAUUCGGGCGCGAGCUUCCUUUGGAUUUUGGAGAUGAAGGUUUUGCGGAAGAGGGAGUUGAUGGAGGCUGCGGUGUAGACGGCGAGCUUUUCGUUGGUUUUGGUGAUGUAGGUGUUGUCGAUUUCUUCGAAGGUGGAGUAGUUGAGGUGGAUGCAUUCGGCCGCGAGCUUCCUUUGGACUUUAUUGAAGUAGAUUUCUGCGUCGAAGGAGUGGUUAAACUGAAGGGCUUAGACGGUGAGCUCUCCUUCAGUUUUGGAGAUGUAGGUUUCGCGGAAGAGGGAGUUGAUGGAGGCUGCGGUGUAGAUGGCGAGCUUUUCGUUGGCUUUGAUGUUGUGGAUAUCUUCGAUCGUGAAAAAUCUGAAUUUUGGACAGAACAUUAUCACACUGGGAAUCGAGCAGUGAAAUAG